AUGAGUGAUGCUGUGCAAGUGAUAUCUGCAAUAAUAUUCAAUGUGGAGUUCAUAACUGGGAGUUUUGGGAAUGGAUUCAUAGCACUGAGGAACAUCAUGGAUUGGAUCAAGAGACGAAAGAUUUCUACAGUGGAUCUUCUCCUUACUGCUCUAGCCAUCUCCAGGAUCACUGUGUUGUGGUCACUGUACAUAAUGUUAUCAAUAUUUGUAGUGUACCCAGACUUAAAAUUGGCUCCACAAACAGUAAGACUGACAAAUCUUAUCUGGGUAAUUUCUAACCAUUUUAGUAUCUGGCUGGCCACUAUCCUCAGCAUCCUUUAUUUCCUCAAGAUAGCCAAUUUUUCUAACUCUAUUUUCCUCUACCUAAGGUGGAGAUUUAAAAAGGUGGUUUCAGUGGCAUUGCUGCUGUCUCUGUUCCUCUUGUUUUUAAAUAUUUUAGUGACAAACAUAAGGGUAGAUAUGUGUAUGAAUGAGUUCAAAGCAAACAUAUCUUACAGUUAUAAAUUAAAGAAUGCUACAUACUGUUUCAGGCUUCUUGAAUUAACAAAUAGUAUGUUCACAUUAAUACCUUUCACUGUUUCCAUGACAACGUUUUUUCUGCUCAUCUUCUCCCUAUGGAAACAUCUGAAGAAGAUAAAGCACAUUUCCAAAAGCUCCAGAGACACCAGCACCAUAGUUCACAUCAAAGCCUUGAAAACUGUGGUUGCUUUCAUUCUGCUGUAUGUAAUUUUUACUUUAUCUACUUUUGUACAGCUUUUGAGCUAUGAAUUUGAAGAAAAGAAUUUUUUAAACUAUUUUUUCUUUGUUGGUAUAAUUGCUUUUCCAUCAAUCCAUUCAUGGGUACUGAUUAUGGGAAACAGUAAGCUGAGGCAGCCCUCUCUUUCGGUGCUGUCACUGCUAAGGAGCAAUAUCCAAGGAUGUGGAUGGACCCUUGGGUCCCUGGCACACUGA